CGAUUUGCGAUCAGCGAACGGAAAUACUCGUUUUUCUUUUACGCUCGCGUCACGUUAAAAAAAGAACAGGAUUUGAAAAGAGGUAUAUGUAUAUCACGAGUGAUAAAGGGAUGACUCGAUCGCGACGAUUCCGGAACGACGAUGGCCUACACAGUGGUCUGUGGUAUUCGCGCGAUUUAUGGACAUAUUAUUCACCCGAUGUGUUAAUCUGGCCGAAUUAUUCAUAUCGCGAGGAAAUUGCGAAAAACAAGUUGACGUUGUAUAUUCGCGCGUUGCUCGUCGGGCCAUCUCGACAUAUAAAAACGGGGUCUGGCCUUCUCGCAUUUUCGUCCGUCUUUCCCGAAGAAAUGGUUAACACGGACGACUUGAUACAAAUGUGCUUUUUUUUUUGUGACAUAAACGCGAACAAUAUAUAAUUCCAGAGGCGAGAGAGAUCGUAGCAAUCGCCCGAUGAACUCCAACCUCUUUGAAACCUCGUUACAUAAAUUUAUUAUCAUUCCGCCGCUUGGCACUACGUCUCGAAAUUAUUCGAACGCUCGAUGAGCGUGCCUUCGAUUACUCAUGUUUUUGUGAUCAUGAGAGGGCCAUGCUAAUAAUUCCGUGUUAAUAAUUCCUUCAAAAAAGGAAAGGAAAUUUAAAAGUUAAUUCCAAUUAAUUCCAAGAAAAAUGGUGUUGGAACUGAUAAGAAUAAUGGAUUACUUAAAGGACCCUCAAUUAGUCGCGUCGAUUCAACAAUUUUUUGGUGUUGAAAUAUAUUAUGAUAAACAUAGUAAAAUAAUUCAAAAGGAGAAAAAAAAAUGCAUUUACACACAAAUUGAUGAUAAUGAAAAAAAUUAUGUUUCAACUUCACAUAUUAAAAAAAUUAAUGGCUAUGAAGUAAAUAGUAAACAGUCGAAUGCUUGCACAAAGCAAAUAGACUUUUUACAACAGGAAACAAAGGAACCAAUAACUGAGCACAAAGAAACUGAAAUAAUUUCAAGCAAUCCAGAUUAUACAAUCACUAAUUCAUUCUGGUAUUAUUUAUUUGUAUUUGGAACCGAAUUGGGAGAUGAAAUUUUCUAUUCCAUGUUCUUCCCUUUCUUAUUUUGGAAUGUUGAUGGAGCUGUUGGCCGAAAAAUAAUCUUAAUAUGGGCCAUUAUCAUGACUAUUGGACAGAUACUAAAAGAUGUAAUUUGUUGGCCUAGACCAGCUUGUCCUCCAGCAGUCAGAUUACAAAAUAAAUGGUCACAAGAAUAUGGAAUGCCAUCUACUCAUGCCAUGGUUGGUUUUUCAAUCCCAUUUAGUGGAAUAUUAUUUACAAUAAAUAAAUAUAUUUAUCCAUCUUCUAUUGGAUAUGUUAUUGCAUUUCUCUGGUGCAUACUUGUCAGUAUGAGCAGAUUAUACCUGGGUAUGCAUACUGUGCUAGAUAUUAUAGCUGGAAUAAUAUUGACAAUUGUAUUAAUGAUUCUAUUGGUGCCCCUAGUGGAUUUAACAAAUUCUUACAUCAUUACAAAUUUUUGGCUCGUAGCAAUACUGAUUAUAAUCAGUAUCAUCACUAUCAUAUAUUAUCCAACCAGCUAUAAGUGGACACCCACUAGAAGCGACACUGCCAUGAUUGUGUCAGUCGCAGCAGGAGUUCAUGUAGGAACGUGGCUUAAUUAUUUUACUGGUGUAUUAAGAGCAUCGCAAUCUUCGCCACCAUAUCAUAUCAUUUGGCCAACGUAUUCUAUGCUUGGUCAUCUGAUUCUUAGAACAGUGCUUGGUUUUUCAGGUGUUGUCGCAACAAAAGUUGUCUGUAAAUUUCUUAGCUAUUUUAUACUAUGUAGUAUAUUACAAAUUAAUUGGAAGAAACUUAUGAAAUGUCAAGACUAUGAUGGCAAUCGAAAUAAGGUGUUCGUCGAUCUAGUCUACAAAUAUGCGUCUUGUUUCAUGAUAGGUGUAAAUGCCAUGUAUCUAUUGCCACAGAUUUUUAGCAUGAUAGGUAUCGAACGACCAGCAUUUUAUACAGAAAUAUGAAAAACUUAACGUAUACAAUUUUGUUAUUCAAUUUAUAUUGCUCUGUGAAAUAUAUUUUAUAUCUUGUUUGUU